AUGACAACCAUGAUCGAAACCUGCCGUAUUCCGCCGCAACAAGGAUCCGCCGCCGAGCUGUUCCUGCCGCUCUCCUACUUCGACAUGAUGUGGCUGCAUUUCAAUCACACCCGCCGCCUCGUCUUCUACAACCACCCUUGUUCCGAAGCCGAAUUCUCCAACACCAUUGUUCCGAACCUCAAACACUCUCUCUCUUUAACUCUCAAACACUUUCUCCUUGUCGCCGCAAAUCUCCUCUACCCUCUCGACACUGACGCCUCGAAGCCUGUUUUCCGUUACAUCUCCGGUGACUCCGUCCCCCUCACGAUCGCUGUCUCCGGCCUCGACUUCGACGAGCUCGUUGCGAAUCACGCUAGAGAAUCGGAUCAGUUCUAUGACCUCCUUCCUUGGAUGCCGAAAAUGGCCGAGGAAGAAAAUUACCAAAUUGUCCCCCUGAUCUCUCUGCAGGUGACUCUCUUUCCGGGCCGGGGAAUCUGCGUUGGUUUGAGCAAUCACCAUAGCCUCGGCGACGGGAGAUCAAUCUUAGGGUUCAUGAAGGCGUGGGCUGUGAUCAACAAAUCCGGCGAUGAUGAGGCGUUUGUUUCUAGAAAUGGAGAAUCUCUGCCGGUUUUCGACAGACCAAUUAGCAAAGAUUCUAGUAGACUUGAUGGUAUAUUCUGGGAUGUGAUGAAGAAGAUUCCUUUCCAGCCGGCGGCGACGCAUCCAUUGCCGACCAAUAGAGUGAGAGCUUCGUUCAUCCUCCGCCAGUCCCACAUAAAAACGCUCAAGAAUCUGAUCUUAUUAGCGAGGCCAAACAUAGAUCGAGUCUCCACUUUUGUGGUUGCUGCUGCCUAUGUCUGGACCACCUUGGUGAAAUCCUUAGGCCUUGCUGGAGAUGAAGAUGAGGUAUUUUUCUUUGGGGCUGACAGCAGGGGGCGGCGGAACGCGCUGUUCGAUCCACCGUUGGCGAUGAAUUACUUCGGCAAUUGCAUAGGUGGUGGGGUGGCGAGAGUUGAGAAUUGGAAGCUGGCAGCGGAGGAUGGAUUUUUUGCGGCAGCAGAGGCUAUUGUUGAUGUGAUGAAGGCGAAAAUCUACAACGGGGAUGAGUUUCUGAAAAGCCCGGAAAAUAUGCUGACGGAGAUGCCCAAGUAUAGGAAUAUGAGGUCUUUGUCGAUGACUGGUUCCCCGAAGUUUGAUUUCAAAGAGGCGGAUUUCGGAUGGGGGGAGGUGGAGAAGGUGGAGGUACUGUCGAUGGACAGUGGGGGAUAUUUGAUGUCGUUGUCUAACUCCGGCAACGGCGAUUUAGUUGUCGGUAUGUCAUUGACCAAGGAGGAGAUGGAGGCUUUUGCUUCUAUUUUUGCAAGUGGUCUCUAUAUGUGAAAAAGGGUUUUGUUAGGGUUUCGACGACCGUGAUGAUUUUCGAUGAGAUGAUGUCGUUUUGUUUUAAUUUUCAAUAAAU